AUUGUGUAUGUUCUAUACAGAGUUUAGUGUAUGAAUACAAUGACUCUCAAAGAAAUACCUUUAAUGAUCCAAUCGGCCAGUCCAAAAGACCGAGCUGAAGCCUUCAAACUGCUCACUGAAGUUGCUACUUCUAAAGAGCUCCCUGAGCAAGGGUUAAAAACUGCCCUUCGUCUCCUACUUCUGACCCUACCACGGUAUCAAGACAAUGAGUCUCGCCAUCAUGUCAAAUGCUUCAUUGUUGCUGUAGUUAAGCAGCAUGGCCUGGUGUCAUUGGAAAAUCUCAUCCAUGUAUUUCAUGAUUACUCAUCAACCAUCCCUUCAGUGAAUACACCUAAUAUUGGGAGGACAAACUUCACUGGACUUACCUGGCUAGUGACUAGCAUUCAAAGCCUCCCCAAGGAUGCAGACAUUUCAUUGCUGCAGGAGGGUGAUGCUAUUGCCCUCAUUGAGAGCUUCGCUGCACUAUACACGUCCAUUGCCUUGUGUGGACAGAAUCUCUUACUGCAAAAGGCAUCAAAGAUGUUACAUUGCUGCUGGAAGCGUUCCACCUCAUUCCUGUCUCUCACAGCAGAGAGAAUACAUAAGUCUGACUGUGGAGGUUCACUACUGGCAUUUGGAGGGUGUUUCUUAAAGUGUCUGGUGGAUGACAAGCAAACUGAACUUGUACAAAAGUGCAAGGGUUCACUGGUCGACGGAUUUGUGAGUCAUGUGAUAUCUCAGAAGACGGAGCCAUCAACUCAGCUUGUUGCCUUGUGUGCUCCCUUCUUGCGAGUGUUAGACCAUCCUGGGUUCCAGGCCCUCCUCCUUCCAAACCUCAAGAAGUUCCUUCUGCGCAAUCCUGAGAUCAUUCUGCCAACUGUGUCUGAGACCUUAGCAGGACUUAGCCUUGACCUCAGCCAAUAUGCCCUAGAGUUUGGAAAGAUCUUUGCCACCAACUUGCACUCCAAUGAGGAGAGAACUCGAGUCCAUGCUGUCAAAGCAUGUCGAAGUCUUGCUCGACAGUGCAGUGAUGCUGAGAUAAUUGCUCAACUUCUUAGGCAUUUCUUUGCAGUUCUCCAAGGCUCUGAAGGAAAGCUCACUGUUGCUGCACAUAAAAUCAGCAUGCUCCAGGGCAUAGGAGAACUGAGUCACAACUCUGCACUGGGUGUAUCCAUGCAAGGCUUGGCAAGUGAGGCUUGUGAACACUUCAUAAAAGUUCUUGAAACUGAAGAUCAGAAGGAUAAGAUUAUUUUUUGGGAACCUGCACAGAAAGGACCAACACUGAAGUCAUCAACAUCUGCCAUUCGAAAUGGGUACAUUCGGGUCAUGGAGUCCUGCUUCCACACACGACUUCUAUCCCAAGCAAAGGAGUUCCUCCCCUUCCUUAUGAAGACUGUAGAGAAGGCAGCCCAGCAACCCACUCAGGUUGCUGUGGUGACAGAAGGUUUGUCAGCAUCUGUCCUGGUGUUACGGCUGUUAGCAGCAGAACCAGAGGCUGAUUCACAAGCCUGUCCAUUCUGGAAUAUUGCUGGAAACAUGGAAAAACAGAUAUUUCUCAAUGAGAAGUUUCUUCAGCAAGCCUCUACUGAUGCCUUGCAUCAUGUUGUGCUGUACUCCAAGUCCAUGGUGAUGGAGCAUGAUCAGCAUAUUCAGGGCGAGCCUCAGCCCAUACAUCAUGCCCUGGUCUAUGUUAUGACCCAUGUGAGUGGAGUGGGACAAGAAAAGCUCUGGCUGCGUACCCAGGUGGUGUCAGAGACCAAGAAGAUCUUACAGAGCCUUGGUGGAGAGCAUAUUGCCUUGGCUGUCCUGGAAGAUCUUUCCACAUAUCUUGAAACUGUCAAUGUCAAGGUGCCAGAGCCAGGAAGUCGGGUGGGGAAGGACAGUAAGGAUCAAGGUCAAGGACAAGGGGCAGCAACAGGGACAUCUUCAUCGCCAGAAAUCUUAGCUUCGUCUGUUGCCCAUGCUCUUGCCAUUAUAGUCCUUGGCUGCAAGGUCUCCAUUCCUGAAGCAGAUGAACUUCUUCUGGCUGCUCUCCUCCCUGCACACUCUCCUGCUGUUGUGGAGACACAUCGAGAUUUGUGGUUGUCCCUGUGUCGGAAGUUGAAGCGCAAGCCAGCUGACUUUUGUGAGGCAAACGAGUCCAAACUCUUAUGCUUCUGCUCUCAGCAGUUUAAUGGAUCUCUGUACAUGCAAGUCACCCAGGAGGAGUAUGAGAUCUUCAAGACUCCUGAGGGAACACUUUACCAAAAAUCUGUCAUUGAGAAUUUGAAGGAGGAGAGCAUCCUGAAUGUGAAGAACAUCAAGCGUGAGAGCAAGGCAUACUCAUACAAGGAACAGAUGGAGGAGCUGGAGCUGAGGAGGGAGCUGGAGGCAAAGAAGAAGCAGAAGGGGCUGAUGGAAGAAGGCCUCACUCCAAAGCAGAAGGAAGCCAUGAAGAUCCAACUUGAAAAGGAAUCUGCCAUCCGGGCCCACCUCAAAUCGAUGUAUGAGGAGUUCCAGAAUCCCAUGCAUCUCCUGGAGGCAGGGAUCCAGGGGAAUUCACUGUCACUGGAAUGUUACCUGGUUCAGAUCUUGGAGCACCUUCUCCCUCUCCUCUCAUCUCCUUUGUGUGCACCUGAUGCUGCCCAUACCUUCCUUCUCCUGCGUAGUGUUGUCUUUGACAAGUCCCAUGAUUGUCUUGGGAAGAGCAUUGGGCAUGUGACCUUGCGUCUCCUGGGUCCCCGAUGUGACCUUGACCCUGAAUGGGAAGAGGAGGACCUGGCUUCUGCUGCAGGACGGGUCAUGGCCUCAUUGCACACAUACUCAGUUGAACAGCCAGAGGACUUGGAUGCUCCAACAUUCACCUAUUGCUUCCCUUUCCUCAAUGCUGCUCUCCAUCGAUUUGCACCACAGGAGCUUGACCUGACACUGAAGGCUCUCAAGGUCAUGUCAAUGCACUGCCAUCUACGUGAAGAGGAUACUUCCAGCCCAUUUCAUCCAGGGAACAUGCCCCUUGGACAGAUGUUGGAGCUCCUCACAACCCUAAUUGGAACAAGUGGAGGGCAAGUGCAACUCCAGGCAUGCAGCGUGAUGGUGGACAUUGCUGAGGCCAUGAGUGGCCGACCUGAUUGCGCUCGCAUGUCUGGACGUGAACUUGUGGUGCUCCUUCAUGGGCUUCAGAGCUCAGUCAGUGCUGUACGAGAGGCCUCUCUGCGGGUAUUGACCAUUGUUGCUGGCACUAUCAAGGAGACAGCUAGCCAACCAGAAGAGAGUCUCCGUGUAGCCAAGCGGAUCUGGGUGGCUCGAUUUGACCCAGAGGGAGAGAUCCGAUCAUUGGCUAACAACCUUUGGGAUAAAAUGAAGUUCUCAAUCCCACAGGAAGUUCUCAUAGAUGCAGUGAUGGAGGACGUGACCCACGUGGAGCAAGUGAUACGUGAGGCAGCUGCCAAAUCCCUGGCUGCCCUCUGUCAGGAGAACCUCAAGCUCAUCCCUUCAAUAAUGGAGCGUCUCCUUGACUCAUAUCAAGAGAAACUGAUGAUGAUUCCUGGGGUGAAAGAUGACUUUGGUCGAGAGAUCGCACCUCCUAUGGACUGCUGGGAGCCAAGAUGGGGUGUAGCUCAUGCCCUCCAUGGGCUUGCCCCUCUCCUUGAUCCUGACUCAAUUGUGCAGCUCAUGAGCUUCCUGCUUCAAGAUGGACUCAGAGACAGGCACCCUGAUGUUCGCCACGUCAUGCUUGAUGUUGCUCUUGGCACUGUUAACUCACAUGGCAAGGACAUGGUGUCUCAACUCUUGCCACUGUUUGAGAGCUUCUUGGACAAGAUCCCCAAGACACAGACAUAUGACACGGUGCGGCAGAGCAUCGUGAUCAUCAUGGGCUCCCUGGCCAAGCACUUGGACAAGGACGAUCCCCGUGUCAAGCCCAUCAUUGCAAAGCUCAUAGAGUCCCUCUCCACUCCAUCUCAGCAGGUACAAGAAGCUGUAGCAAACUGCCUUCCACCACUGGUACCAGCCAUCAAGGAAGAUGCCCCCAUGGUGGUUGAGAAGCUCCUCCAUCUCCUCCUCGAAUCAGAGAACUAUGGGGAACGGAAGGGGGCUGCAUACGGUGUGGCAGGUCUUGUCAAGGGGCUCGGCAUCCUGGCCCUCAAGCAGCUGGAGAUCAUGAAUCGGCUCACAGCUGCCAUCCAGGACAAGAAGAACUACCGUCACCGUGAAGGCUCCCUGUUUGCAUUUGAGAUGCUGUGUAACAUGCUGGGGAGGCUGUUUGAGCCAUACAUCGUCCAUGUUCUCCCUCACCUCCUCCUCUGCUUUGGAGACUCAAACCAGUACGUGCGAGAAGCAACAGACGACUGCGCCAAGGCCGUCAUGAGUCGUCUCUCCGCCCACGGCGUGAAGCUCGUUCUCCCAUCCCUCCUCGCCGCCCUUGAGGGUGACUCUUGGAGAACCAAGACCGGGUCGGUGGAACUUCUGGGUGCGAUGGCAUUCUGCGCCCCAAAACAACUCAGCUCAUGCCUUCCGAGCAUCGUCCCCAAACUCAUCGAAGUCCUCGGAGACUCCCACCCGAAGGUGCAGAAAGCCGGGACCCAGGCCCUCAGCGUCAUCGCCUCUGUCAUUCGAAACCCGGAAAUCCAAGCAAUCGUACCGAACCUGCUGGGCGCGUUGGAGGAUCCGUCGAAGAAAACGGCGCCGUGUCUCCAGACGCUUCUGGACACCAAGUUCGUCCACUUCAUCGACGCGCCGUCCCUGGCCCUGAUCAUGCCCGUGGUGCAGCGGGCCUUCCAGGACCGGUCGACGGAGACGAGGAAGAUGGCCGCCCAGAUCAUCGGGAACAUGUAUUCCCUGACGGACCAGAAGGACCUGCAGCCGUAUCUCCCGGCGAUCAUACCGGGGCUCAAGACCUCGCUCCUCGAUCCGGUUCCUGAGGUUCGGAGCGUGUCGGCGCGUGCCCUGGGCGCCAUGGUGAAGGGGAUGGGGGAAGGGAGCUUCGAGGACCUGCUGCCCUGGCUCAUGCAGACGCUCACGUCGGAGCGCGGCUCCGUCGAUCGCUCCGGGGCGGCGCAGGGCCUCUCCGAGGUGGUCGGGGGGCUCGGGCCGCAGAAGCUGCAUCGCCUCAUGCCAGACAUCAUCGCGACGGCCGAGCGAGCGGACAUUGCUCCCCACGUCAAGGAUGGCUACAUCAUGAUGUUCAUCUAUCUCCCUGUGGUGUUCAAGCAGGAAUUUACUCCUUAUGUCAGCCAGAUCAUCGUACCCAUCUUAAAGGCGCUGGCAGACGAGACGGAGUACGUGAGGGAGACGGCCCUGAAGGCGGGGCAGCGGAUCGUGAGCAUGUACGCCGACACGGCCAUCAUGCUUCUCCUUCCCGAGCUGGAGAGGGGGCUCUUUGACGACAACUGGCGCAUCCGAUACAGCUCGGUGCAGCUGCUGGGGGACCUCCUGUACAAGAUCUCGGGGGUGUCGGGGAAGAUGUCCACGGAGACGGCGGACGAGGACGACAACUUCGGAACGGAGCAGAGCCAGCGGGCCGUGCUGCACGUGCUGGGGGAGGACCGGCGGAACCGCGUGCUGGCGGGGCUGUACAUGGGGAGGUCGGACGUGGCGCUGAUGGUGCGGCAGGCGUCGCUGCACGUGUGGAAGGUGGUGGUGACGAACACGCCGAGGAUGCUGAGAGAGAUCCUCCCUACGCUCUUCUCCUUGCUCCUCGGGUGUCUCGCGAGCACGUCCUACGAUAAGAGACAGGUUGCAGCACGGACGCUGGGCGACUUGGUGCGGAAACUAGGGGAGCGGGUGCUGCCGGAGAUCAUCCCGAUCCUGGAGCGGGGCCUGGAGUCGGAGCAGGCGGACCAGCGGCAGGGCGUCUGCAUCGGGCUGUCGGAGAUCAUGGCCUCCACGAGCCGGGACAUGAUCCUGCUGUUCGUGGAGAGCCUGGUGCCGACGGUGAGGAGGGCGCUGUGCGACCCGCUGCCGGAGGUGAGGCAGGCGGCGGCGAGGACCUUCGACAGCCUGCACAACACGGUCGGGGGGAGGGCGCUCGACGACAUUCUCAGCCCAAUGCUGCAUCAGCUGAACGAUCCAGAGCUGGCAGAGUGGACGUUGGACGGCUUGCGGCAGGUGAUGGCCAUCAAGAGCAAGAUUGUUUUGCCAUACCUCAUCCCCCAGGUGAAGCUCCUUCUCUUGACCCAGCCACCUGUGAACACGGAGGCGCUGAGCAUCCUGGCGUCGGUGUCGGGCGAGGCACUGACCCGACACUUGAGUCGGAUCCUCCCAGCUCUCCUCCAGUCCCUGAGCCAGGCGCUUGGCACUCCUCAAGAAGCUCAAGAGAUGGGUUACUGCCAAGCAGUGGUGCUGUCAGUGCAGGAUGACAUGGGGACCCAUGUUGUGAUCGACCACCUCUUGGAGGUGGCACGAUCUACAUCCCCACCCGGAACGGAAGGCGAGGAGAUGGCAGAAGCCCUGAAGCAAAAGCAAGCUGCCAUCCUCCUGCUUGCUGCAUUCCUCACACACACCAAGUGUGAUUAUUCUACAUAUGUCCCACAGCUCCUGCGCGGGCUCGUCCACCUCUUCACCGACGAGGAUGCAACUAUACUUGCUGCCACCUGGGAUGGCCUCAAUGCCAUCACCAAGGGGAUGGACAGCAAGACACAGAUCGAACGGGUGUCUGAUAUGAGGCAGGCAGUGAAGUAUGCAGCCAGCGACCUCAAGGGACGGGAGUUACUCCCUGGUUUCUGUCUGCCCAAGGGAAUAGCGCCAAUUCUACCAAUUCUGCGCGAGGCAAUCUUGAAUGGAGCACCAGAGCAAAAGGAACAGGCAGCAUUGGGAUUUGGAGAGGUGAUCCGCCUGACUUCCCCUGAGGCACUGAAACCUUCUGUCGUGAACAUCACUGGACCCCUCAUUCGCAUCCUGGGGGAUCGCUUCUCCUGGAACAUCAAGGUCCCUGUUUUGGACACUUUGGCACUUCUUCUUACCAAGGUGGGGAGCCAGUUGAGGCCAUUCCUGCCACAGCUGCAGACCACGUUUCUCAAAGCACUCAAUGAUGGACAUCGAACUGUCAGACUGCGAGCAGCGCAAGCCCUCAGCUGCCUCAUCGUCAUUCACGUCCGGGCCGACCCCCUCUUCACAGACCUCCAUUCCAGCAUCAAGUCUGCUGAUGACCCAGCUGUCAUGGACACAAUGCUUUAUGCCAUGCGUUGUGUGGUGUCAUCAUCCGGCGACAAGAUGGGAGACGGGAUCCGCAAGACCAUCCUUUCAACUCUUCUCGGUCUUGUCACCAGUGUUGAGGACUCGGUGCGACUCACUGCAGCCGGCUGCCUUGGUGCCCUCUGCCAUUGGCUCAAGCCAGAUGAGCUCAGUGCUGUCCUGACUGAUCAUAUCCUAAAUGAUGACCUAACAAAGGACUGGCUGGCAAGGCAUUGGAGUGUGGUGGCUUUGAGUGUGAUUCUCAAAGAGUCUCCCAACACCAUCCUUCAAUCAGAUUGGAAUGAGAAGGUCAAUCGAGUCAUCUUUGCCUAUCUCACAGCUGACAGGGUCCCUAUUGUGAUGGCAGGAGUACGUUGCUGUGGCUUCCUCCUCAUGAACUGCAUUCAGGAAUCCAAGCCCAUACCAGAGAAGAUCCUUGUACCCUUUUGUCGUACAAUGAAUCACAGCAGCAAUGAGGUGAAGCAACUAGUGGCAGUGGUUGCAGGGAAGUUGGCCUCGUGUGUCCCAGGUGGCCAGCCGUUACCACCAGAGAUCCUGCGUCUGUUGCUCCCGCAGCUUGUCAAUGGGACCAAGGAGAAGAACUCGGCUGUGAGGGCCUCCUCUGAGGCUGCUCUUGUUGCAGUUCUGAGACUCCGUGUCGGUGAGGAGACUCAACAGCACUGCCUCCGCCUGCUGGAGGAGGGGGCGCAGGAGGCGCUGUCGGAGGUGAUCUCGAAGGUGCUGCGCCGCGUGGCCCUCCAGCCCCAGGGCAAGGAGGAGGAGCUGGACGACACGCUUCUCACCUGACUAACGUGGUCAAUAAACGGCCCUCCUUUGAAUCGUCAUCCGUGGUGGUCCCUUCCGUUAGAUGCGUCCGGAGAGACAGGCCUGCAGCUCAGCUGCACGGUCACCUUUCGGUCCUGUCCCUCUCGUCAUUCGGCGGGGAGCGAUGCGGUCCCGUUCUUGUGUACUUUGAAUUUUUAGCGGUCGGAAUGAGUUGAGACGAUUUUGUUGGAGGUGCCCUCGUUUUUUUUUUGACUCUUUAUAUAUAAAGCUUGUGGAUGGG